AGACUUGAUCGAUUAUAAAUACGAUCAGCGAUGGAGCGUGCUAGGGUUGGAGCGAGGGGUGCGACGGCGAGGACAGACGGCGGAUCCAGACGGCGGCAAGUUUCCAGAGGGCAGUUACACGGGGUUGAUAAUCAGAUUAAUAGACAAGUGAAGACAUUCUUUUUCUACAAUUUUCCAGAAAACAGUGAGGCAGCGGACUUAUGGUAUGAUUUUGCAAAGUAUGGGAAAGUGGUUGAUGUGUUUGUGCCGAGAAAGAGAGAUAAGUGGGGCAAAAGGUUUGGCUUUGUUAGAAUGGCAGGGGUGCAGAACGAGGAUCAGAUGGAGAAGUGGCUGAAUGAGAUAUGGAUUGGUUAUUAUAAGAUGAGAGUUAAGAUAGCAAAUAAGAUCCAGAACCAAGGCGCAAGAAAUAAAAAAGCCUCGACUGCAGCAAAGGUGAAGUGGACAAAGGUAGGAAUGAAUAGACUGGUGCAACCGGGACAGUCAUAUGCCCAGGCUGUUGUGGGCAACAGCAGUGAUGGGGAACAGGUGGAUGUAAGGCCAACAAAUGCGAAGGAGAGAGUUGGGGAAGAAAUAGAACCAGUACCAGUACAGGCAUUGCGAUUAGUGGAGAAGGAAGAGGUGGGAUCGAGUGUAAAGGUGGUUGCAAAGGAGGUGGAGAUGGGUGGGGUUGAGAAACAAAAGGAGGAGGUGAUCAUUGAAAUCACACCGACGGAAGAAGAGCUUCAAUGGCUGGAAGGGAGUAUGGUUGCUUCGUUGAAGUCGUUGGCGUCGAUAACGAAUAUUCAAGAUCGAAUGGAUGUAGAUGGAGGGCUGAUAACUAUAUCACCACUAGGAGGACGAUCAGUGCUGUUAAUGGAGCGGGUGAGAGGAUUCCUGAUGGAGUAUAUGCAGCACAACAAGGAGACAUUCGAUUCAUGGUUUGAAAAUAUACAACCUUGGAGAGUAGCAGCUAUGCAGCGAUGUCGAUUGGCCUGGUUACGAAUAUCAGGGGUACCAUUACAAGCCUGGAACGAUCGUUGUUUUGAAAUGGUUGGAGGAACGGUGGGGGAAGUGGUCAUGAUUCAUGAUGAUACCAGAAGGAAGGCUAUUUUGUGUGAUGGGAGGGUGCUGGUUCUCUGUUCUGAUGCAUCUAAAGUCUCACAAUCCAUUAUGCUGAGGGUGGAUGAGAAGCUGUAUGUGAUAGACGUAGUGGAAGAGGAAUGGAGAUCGGAUCCGGACUGGUGGUUGUCGGAAGAUGACCGGAGGAGCUCGUGGAGCACGGCAUCGGAGACUAAUUCAAUGCAGAGCGAUGAUGAAGGGCAUGAAUUAUUUGCUAACGGGAUUAGCGGCGAGGAUGAUGAUAGUAUUGGGGGGGAGUCGUUAUACAAGGAAGGAUUUUGUAAUUCAAAUCUGCAGGAGGUAACGGCUGGCAAGGAGAAUGCUGGAUUUGGUUUGACGCGGGAAGUUGGGGAUGUAAAUGGGCUUGAUGCAGGAGAGGCGAAUGACGAGGGGAAUGGGUUGGUAGGGAGUGAGGCUCAUUAUGGGCUUGAGGAGAGUUUUGGGCUUUCUAAAGGCCCAACAGGUGAGGAAAUUAAAGAUAAAGAGGAGGUUUCCACGGGGGAUGUUCUGGAGAAUUCCUGCACAGUUCAUAAAGACAAAUCCAGAGACGGGAAGGGUAAAAGGAGGAAGAAAAUUGCAGAGUGUUACCCGGAGGAGUUGUAUGAGAUCCGGACAGAGAGGGCGAACUUGGUCACUGCACGGACAAAGCAGAGGCAAGCAAGGCGGGCAAAGAAGGCUCAAACGGUGACCGACGAAAUGGAGAAGAGAGCUGGAAGUCUGUCCGUGUCCGAUGGAGGCAUUGAACACCGAAACCAGGUAAUAAAACGAGAUCUAAACCUGCAGGAGGUGAGGAAGAUGAUGAGUAUAGGGAGAAGAUUGGGUAUGCAAUUCCAAGAAAAUGAAGAGGAGAUUGAAUCUAGAUUAUGUGUGUUGGAGGAAAGGGACGAGAGGCAGGGGAAGCACCCGGGUCUCGGGAGUACUCUUAAGAGGAAGGAAGUGGAGAAGUUAGUGAGGUUAGAAAAACCAGAUUUUUUGUUUGUUCAAGAGACAAAAUUAGAAGAGAUUGAUGAGGGUCUUUGUAAAAUGGUGUGGUAUUCGAAUGGGUUUGAGUGGGUUGGAAAGGGGUCUAUAGGGGCUUCAGGCGGGCUGCUCUGUGUGUGGGACAGGAUGCAGUUUAGUAAGCUGGGUCAAUUCACAGGGGAUGGUUAUCUGGGAAUAAAGGGGCUUUGGGGAGUUAAGAAGGAGUUGUGUUAUCUUGUGAAUGUAUAUGCUCCAACUAACCGAAAGAAAAAAGCUGAGUUAUGGGAUGAGUUGAAGCAAAUGAUUAUGGACGAAGGAGGAAGAUGGCUAAUUGCAGGGGAUUUUAAUGCAGUACGUAGCAUUGAAGAAAGGAGGGGUAGAACAGGGGAGAGUCCGGAUAUGAAGGAGUUUAACGACUUUAUAGAGGCAGUGGGGUUGGUGGAUCAUAAGUUGGCGAAUCGAAGGUUUACCUGGUAUAGACCAGAUGGCUCAGCUAUGAGCCGAUUGGAUAGGGUAUUGAUGACAACUGAGAUGACCGAAUUGGGUGGAGAAUGGGUGCAGCAGGGUUUAAGGAGAACUAUUUCAGAUCAUUGUGCGAUCAUUAUGAAGUCCAAAGUAACAGAUUGGGGUCCUAAACCAUUUAGGGUGCUUGAUGCUUGGCAACAACAUCCGGAGUUUAAGAGGGUGGUUGAGGAACAGUGGAAUGCAAUGGCAGUGGAUGGUUUUGCAGGUUUCAGAUGUAAGCAAAAAUUGAAGAUGUUGAAAGAAUUUUUGCGAGAAUGGAACAAAGGGGUGUUUGGAGAUAUAGAGGCUCAUUUUGAAAGGGCAGCAGCCAAAGUUGCACGUGUAGACAUGAAGAAUGAAGAUUUAACAUUGGAAGAAGAUGAGGUACAUGAAAGACAGGAGGGCUUUCAGGAGAUAUGGGACAUUUUGAGGAAGAGGGAAGCUUUAUGGAGGCAGAAGUCAAGAAGUAACUGGGCAAAAUUGGGGGAUGCAAAUACUAGAUUCUUCCAUAAAAUUGCAAAUGGACGAAAGGCUUGCAAUGGCAUUGUGGGGCUCUCGUGUGAUGGACAAUGGGUGGAGGAGCCAGAGAUGGUAAAAAAGGCGGCUGUUGAUUACUUUCAAAAGAUGUUUUGUGGGGAAUCUUGGAAUCGUCCAAAACCUUCCGGUAUUAAUUUCAAGCAGAUAACUGAGGAGAUGAGGGCAUGGCUAGAAAGACCAUUUUCAGCAGAAGAGAUUGAAGAAGGAUUGAAGAAUUGUGAGGGGAAUAAAGCACCAGGGCCGGAUGGAUAUAACUUUAAUUUUAUCAAAUUUGCCUGGAACAGCUUGAAGGAGGAUUUUGUGAGUUUCUUCGGGGAGUUCCAUCAACAUGGCAGGUUGGUAAAGGGUCUAAACUCUUCCUUUUUGACUUUAAUUCCUAAAAAGUUGAAUUCUGUGGAAUUAAAAGAUUUUAGACCAAUUAGCUUGAUUGGGUGUAUUUACAAAUUAUUAGCAAAGGUGUUGGCAAAUCGGAUUAAGGUGGUAAUGUCACAGAUUAUUAGUGAUACUCAGUCUGCUUUUGUCGAGGGACGUCAGUUGGUUGAUGGGGUGUUAGUCUUGAAUGAAGUUGUUGAGGAGGUCAAGAGACGAAAGCACCAAGCUUUUAUUUUUAAGGCUGACUUUGAAAAUGCCUAUGAUUGUGCCGAUUGGUCUUUUCUGGAUUGGAUGAUGAGCAGGUUUGGUUUUGGAGUGCAAUGGAGAGGAUGGAUAAAAGAGUGUCUGUCAACAGCCAGAAUCUCAGUGUUAGUGAAUGGAAGCCCAAUCGAGGAGUUUAUGAUGGGAAAAGGAUUAAGGCAAGGGAACCCUCUAUCCCCUUUUAUGUUUUUGAUGAUCGCCGAGGGGCUACAUGGUCUAGUUAAAAAAGUUGAGACAAAGGGCUUGAUACAUGGAAUCGACGUGGGUAGGAAAGGAUUGAAUAUUUCUUUGCUCCAAUUUGCAGAUGAUACGGUGAUUUUGGGGAAAGCGAAUGGAGAGAAUAUUUUUACUGUGAAAACCAUUUUGCGAUGGUUUGAGUUGAUGUCUGGAUUGCGAAUUAACUUUCGUAAAAGUAGUAUUGUCGGAUUUAAUGUGGAACAGAGGUGGUUAACAGGGGCAGCAUCCGUUUUGAGAUGUGGUGUUGGGGAGAUACCUUUUGUGUAUUUGGGAAUGCCUAGGAAGAUUCCUUGGGUUAGCUGGGAGAUGGUAUGUCGUAGUAAGGAGAAGGGUGGGUUAGGUGUCAUGGAUUUGAGGAGGAGGAAUUGGGCACUUUUAGGGAAGUGGUGGUUUAGGUUGGGUGAGGGUGGAGAGAGCUUAUGGAAAAGGGUCCUGUGGGAUAAAUAUUAUGGGGGUCGGAGGGAGGCGGAUAUCAGGGCAGUGGAGAGUGUGAGGAUGUCUAGGAUUUGGAGGGAUGUUAUUAGCGUCGGGGGAAACUCUGUCAAAGUGCAUGACAUGUUAGGGAAGGGGUUUAGGUGGAUGGUUGGUGAUGGAAGACGAGUAGGUUUUUGGCGUGAACUUUGGGUGGGGGUUAAAUCUUUAAAGGAGUUAUGCCCUAGGUUAUUCGAGUUAGCUAUGAAUAAGGACGGUAUGGUUUGUGAUAUGGGGGUGUGGGAAAGGGGUAUAUGGAGAUGGAAUGUUGAAUGGAGAAGAGGGAGGCUGGGCCGAGAAAGGGGGGAGGAGGUGGUGCUGUGGGAGGUGUUAAGCAGGGUGCAAAUCACGGAAGGACGCGAAGAUUGCUGGAAGUGGAUGCAUGAUGCAGAAGGGCGAUAUGUAGUGAAGAAGGCAUAUGAGUUUCUGUCACCAAUGGAGUUCAUACUUCCUGAUCAUAUUUUGGAAGGGGUGAUGGAGUUUUUCUUGUAUGAGUUGGGGGGUAUGGUAGGGAGAGAGCUGGGGGCGUGUCUUUUCCUUGUAGGGUCUUGGUAUAUUUGGUAUUGGAGGAACAUGAGAGUUUUCCAGCACAAAGGGGAGUGUAGGGACGGUUUGAUCCACAUGAUUCAGUCCAAAACAUUUUUCUGGAUUAAAAACAAGGUGGCUGGAAGUGUCUUCUCAAUAGUUGAUUGGAAACUUAAUCCUUGGGAAUGUGCUGCUGCUAUGAGGAAGCAUAAAAGCUUGCUGAGAACAUUUCAUAAGCACAAAAACGGUAAGCAGGUUGAGUAGUGAGACUGGAAUGUGUGGGAUUACAUGUCUCUUGGGAUUACUUUGUUUUAGUUAGAUUAUUUUAAUUGUUUGUAUUUGGGUUGGAGUACCCCUUGUACUCUAUUUAAUCGAAUAUCCUUUAUUUGCUGAUAAAAAAAAAAAGAAUAAAUUUAACUAUUAGUU